AUGGCGGACCACGAGAAUUCCAGCAUCAAACACAGUGACCACCUGCUCUUGGACCAACCCCUCCUACGUCUCCCCCACGAACUUCUCCGCAAGAACUUCCGCGCUGCACACUUCACCAUCGAGAAGGACACCUCGUCGCUCAAGUCCCUCCUCAAAGAAUCGGCGACCGCGGCUAUCGCCGGCAAAGCCUCACAACAAGAUGUUCUGAAGAACCUGGACUCCAUGAUUAGUCGUAUGCGAGGCGUCAAGCGCAAGCUCGGCGCUUGUGCCGAGGAAGAAGCUCGCUUGCACGAGCAGACGGCGGCGCGGAUCCAGCACCUCAAUGAGCUGUACACGAUGCAGAGCGUUGACGAUGUCAAGUACGAGGCUUGGAGCAGGAAGCGGCUGGAUCGAUUGUUGACCGACUACCUCCUGAGACACGGCUAUAACAACAGUGCGAAGGAGUUGGCCAGCGAGAAGGGCAUGGAGAAUCUGGUCGAUGUCGAGACGUUUGUUGCCAUGAGCCGGAUUCGGGAGGCGCUGCUGAAUCAGAGCGUUGUCGAGGCGUUGGCUUGGUGUACGGAGAAUAAAAAGGAGCUGCGCAAGAUGGAUAGCAAGCUCGAAUUCAUGCUGCGGCUGCAGCAGUACAUUGAGCUCAUCCGCGCGCAUUCAGACAAGGAGGCCAUCGCCCACGCCAGAAAAUACAUCAUGCCCUACUGGAAUACGUACCAUAAGGAGGUCAAGCAGGCAUGCGGUCUUCUGGCCAUCCCCCCAGACGGCACCACUACCGGCAUCUACAGCGACCUCUACAAGGCCUCUCGCUGGAACGAACUCGCCGAUGUCUUCACCACUGCCCACAACAGCCUUCUCGCCUUGCCGUCCGUGCCACUGUUGCACGUUGCCCUAUCCUCGGGACUGUCGGCUCUCAAAACACCGGCCUGCCACUCGUCGAAUCCGGACGACGCCUAUAACGAGGCGGGAUCCUCUACGUUGGGCCACGGCGUUUGUCCCAUUUGCUCGACGGAGCUCAACGACUUGGCUCGGAAUGUGCCCUAUGCGCAUCACACGAAGAGCCACGUUGAACAUGACCUCUUCUUGCUUCCAAACGGCAGAGUGUAUGGUAAAGAGCGUCUGGAUGACUAUGCUAGAAAGUCGGGCCUGCCGCCUAGCAUGGUCAAGGAUCCCAUCACUGGGGAAGUUUUCUUUAACGAGCUGCUCAAGAAGGUGUUUAUCACUUGA